AACGUAGCGUUACCAUAACCACCCACCAACCACCAUAUUGAAAAAUAAAUUAGUUUAUCGAUGAUGUGAAGUAUAGACGAUGAGCAAGUAAUCAGAGAUUUAGUGGUGUUAAAUUAAUGUAAAUAAGUUAAAAUGGCUGGAAAUUUCGGAAUGCAACAGCUAAUCCCCGUUGUAAACAAAUUGCAAGAUGCAUUUGUUCAAAUGGGCGUGCACAUGUCCUUAGAUCUUCCUCAAAUUGCAGUUGUGGGUGGUCAAUCCGCUGGAAAAAGUUCUGUGCUAGAAAAUUUUGUAGGCAGAGACUUCUUGCCUCGUGGGUCGGGCAUAGUCACCAGGCGACCCUUAAUUCUGCAACUAAUACAUUCAAAUACAGAAUAUGCGGAAUUUCUCCACUGCAAGGGUAAAAAGUUCGUCGAUUUCAAUGAGGUACGAGGGGAAAUCGAGGCAGAGACGGAUCGCAUUACAGGCUCAAACAAGGGCAUCUCGCCUGUGCCUAUCAACUUGCGCGUCUAUUCGCCAAAUGUUCUCAAUCUUACGUUGAUCGACUUGCCCGGUCUGACGAAGGUGCCAAUCGGAGAUCAGCCGGUUGAUAUCGAACAACAGAUCAAAGCCAUGAUAUUCCAGUUCAUACGGCGCGAGUCGUGCCUCAUCCUCGCCGUCACGCCGGCCAACACCGACUUGGCGAACAGCGAUGCCUUAAAACUUGCCAAAGAAGUAGACCCUCAAGGUCUUCGUACAAUCGGCGUAAUCACAAAGCUGGAUCUCAUGGACGAAGGAACGGACGCUCGUGACGUACUGGAGAACAAGCUGCUACCACUCAGACGAGGCUACAUCGGCGUUGUCAACCGUUCACAGAAGGAUAUCGAUGGAAGGAAGGAUAUAUCUGCCGCGCUCGCGGCUGAGAGGAAAUUCUUCCUCAGUCAUCCAUCGUACCGACACAUUGCGGAUCGACUGGGCACCCCGUACCUGCAGCGCGUACUGAACCAACAGCUCACCAACCACAUCCGCGACACGCUGCCCGGCUUGCGAGAUAAGUUGCAGAAACAACUGCUCACCCUCGAGAAAGAUGUUGAACAGUACAAGCACUUCCGACCAGACGACCCAUCCAUCAAGACCAAGGCUAUGUUGCAAAUGAUCCAGCAGCUACAGACGGACUUCGAAAGGACGAUCGAAGGUUCUGGAUCGGCUCAGAUAAACACGAACGAGCUCUCGGGAGGUGCGAAAAUAAACAGAUUGUUCCACGAACGGUUCCCAUUCGAAAUUGUUAAAAUGGAAUUCGAUGAGAAAGAACUGCGACGAGAAAUUGCAUUCGCUAUUCGAAAUAUUCACGGUAUCAGAGUUGGUCUUUUCACUCCUGAUAUGGCGUUCGAAGCGAUAGUAAAGAAACAAAUCGCUCGUCUAAAAGAGCCGAGUCUCAAGUGUGUUGACUUGGUCGUGCAGGAGUUGUCGAAUGUCGUUCGCGUUUGCACAGAGAGGAUGUCGCGCUACCCGCGCCUGCGCGAGGAGACGGAGCGCAUCAUCAUGUCGCACGUGCGCUCGCGCGAGCAGCAGUGCAAGGAGCAGCUCGUGCUGUUCGUGGACUGCGAGCUGGCCUACAUGAACACCAACCACGAAGACUUCAUCGGUUUCGCCAAGUUAGACAUACCCGCACAGAAUCAAUCUGAAAACUCGGCAAAGUCAGGUCACCGCGCACUUGGCAACCAAGUCAUCCGAAAAGGGUACAUGUGCAUACACAAUCUUGGAAUCAUGAAAGGUGGGUCCCGUGACUACUGGUUCGUGCUGACGUCGGAGAGCAUCUCGUGGUUCAAGGACGAGGAGGAGCGCGAGAAGAAGUACAUGUUGCCGCUCGACGGGCUCAAGCUGCGUGACCUCGAACAGGGGUUCAUGUCGCGCCGGCACAUGUUCGCUCUCUUCAACCCGGAGGGCAGAAAUGUCUACAAGGACUACAAGCAGCUAGAGUUAUCAUGUGAAACUCAGGACGACGUUGACUCUUGGAAAGCAUCUUUCCUGCGAGCUGGUGUCUACCCUGAAAAGACUUCAGAGGCAGCAAACGGUGAAGAUUUAUUUCUGCCUUUCCCGGGGUUGGGUGGAAAUAAAAGAAGCUCGGACACGUCAGGCACUAGCAGCAUGGAUCCGCAGUUGGAGCGCCAAGUAGAGACCAUUCGCAACCUUGUCGACUCCUACAUGCGCAUCGUGACCAAGACCACACGUGACCUCGUGCCCAAGACCAUAAUGAUGAUGAUCAUAAACAACGCCAAAGAUUUCAUCAACGGGGAACUCCUCGCACAUCUGUAUGCCUCUGGUGAUCAGUCUCAAAUGAUGGAAGAGUCUCCGGAGGAAGCGCUGAAGCGCGAAGAGAUGUUGCGCAUGUACCACGCGUGCAAGGAGGCGCUGCGCAUCAUCGGGGACGUGUCCAUGGCCACCGUCAGCACGCCCGUGCCGCCGCCCGUCAAGAACGACUGGCUCGAGAGCCGCCUCGACUCCAACCCGCGCCUGUCGCCGCCCUCGCCCGGCGGGCCCCGGCGCGCCGCGCCCGCGCAGCAAGGCUCGCUGGGCCAGCGCGGCGCGCCGCCGGUGCCGGGCGGCGCGGGGCGGCCGGCGCCACCGCUGCCAUCGCGGCCCGGCGGCUCGGCGCCGCCCCCGCCCGGCGCGCGCCCGCUGCCGUCGCAGGGCCUGCCCGCGCCCCUCAUACCCACACGGCCGGGCCCGGGCGCGGCGACGCAGCUGCCGCCGCACGUGCGCCAGCAGAUCAACCAGGCCGUGGGGCAGGCCGUCACCGGCGCCGCGCUCAACGAGCUCAGCUCCGCCUUCGCCAGAUUCAACCGACCAGUGCCAAAUGUGCCGCCAAAGCUGCCUGAGCGACCGCAGAACGGACGGCCAUUUUGAACGCGAUCUUCGCCGCCAUUUUGUGAUAAGCUGCGCUGUAAAUAAAACGUCUACACCUAAGCGUAUUGCUUUAUUGCAAUAUUUAGUGUAUAGCAUUGCUUUUUGUUAAAAUCGUCAGAUCAGUGCCUAGCGACGCUAAGGGUUUCUAAUUUAUUUGUAUUCAUUAAUUUAAAAAACCUUAUUGCGUAUAAUGAAAAGUGUUUUGUAUGUGUCGUAGUGAAUUUAACGAUUUAUAUUGUGAACAUGUAUUUCAAUUUAAGUAAUGUAAACUUAGUUUCAAGGCUAUGUAAAAUAUAUAAUUUAUGGUAUUUUGUUAAAUCGACGUUAGAAACUUCAUAUAAAUGUGUAUAUACGUUAAAAUAAGUAGCUAGACAUUUUAUCUUGUUACAGUAACCGAUGUUUAUAAUUAAUUUUGUAGGUAGCUUGAAUUAAAUAAUUUUAACGAAGAUACAUAAAAGAUUAGUCAAAAUGAUAUUUAAAAAAAGUCUUUUGUGAUACGAAAAAAGGUGCUUGAAUUAUUUUCAAUAACACGCCUUUGUGAGAUUUAUAUUGUCUAAAUUCUUUACUGAUUUUUAGCAUUUAAUUUACUCUGCCGUGUGUGAGACUGUUAAAAGAAGUUCCUUUCACUAUUUUCAGACCGUGCAAGUACUAACUAUAGCUAAUAGAAAUAGAUCGUAGUUCCAUUCUUUAAAUAAAUCAAAUAAAAAUAAAUGUAUUUAAGGAAGUAUUAUUCGUUUCUUAAAUAGUUAUUUAAAAAAGAAUUAUCAAAUAAAUUUUAAAUCUUCCUAAUUAGUUACGACAAGUUUAUAUAAUUUUUCAAUGACAGACAUAAUUAGAAGUAUUUUUGAGUUAUUGUUACAAAGUAACCGAUUAUAUUCCGUCCAGUAGAAUUUACAUAACUGUUAAAAAUAGAGGAAAAAAAUUGGAUGUUAGUUAUUUUUUUGAUUUUGAAGAAGUUGAUAGCAUUUAUAUUCUUGCACGAUCUUAUAUAAACUAAAAUCGUAUUAUUAUAAGUUAUUUCAUAAUAGUAAGGAACUAACACCGAUCUUAUACUCAACAUUUCUUGGUUAACAUAUAUUAUAGACAUUAAUGUUCAAAAAUAUGAAAAGAAGUGGCUUUACUACGUUAAAUGUGCCUUUUUAAUCAACUUUCAAUAACGUACCUACGGAAAUAUAUUAUUAGUCUCUUAUUUUCCAAACAUUCCUUCCACUGGUAUUGUGCACGCGGCAGUAAGUGUACCUUUUUAUGUAUAUAGAUGUAAAAUAUAUGUGACCUGUUUAUACAUGUGUACAUUCGUAUACAUAUUGUAAUAAAUGUGUACAUAAAAUAUUA